AUGAUCUUUGGCUAUGUAAGUUUACCUGUGUUUGCCUUGCAUAUUUACGUGUGUAUGAAAGGAGCCAUUCUGCUUACCUACAUUAUCUUGUAUAUGCACAAUUGUAGGCCUGUGAAUAAAGAGACAACAAGCCUUCUGACAAAUAUGCAAAGCAUAUGCGAGGAACACGGUCCAUUGACGAAAGUGGCAGACACAGAGGUAUCCACGAGAGCACGUCGGUCUAUACCACACAUCCUGAAGCUGAAGGAAGACAUCGCCCACACGGGAGUUUAUGCGAGACAGUUGCUGACCAAAAGGCUGCAGUUUGGUCCCCUGCAGGCUGAGAAAAUUUUUGCGGGUAGUCAGCAGGUGGCAGUUGAGGAGGAAAUAAAGGAGAGGAAAUACCAGCACAAUGUGAACUCAAAGUAUGGUUUUCAAAGGACUAUGCUGAGAGGAUGGGAACAAGAAUACUUGCUGAGGAGGGUGUUUCUUGGCAGUUUCGUACUCGUCAGAGAUUUCGUUGUCGUGUGUGA